AUGUCGGACAAGCCGGAGAGCAGCAAGACUCGACUCGAAGAGGAGAUCAUCGAUCCAUUGUUCCAAAAGGAUUUCUUGUCACAGUUGCCAGUGGAGGUUGCUUAUCGCAUCAUCGCUCAUCUGACACCGCGCGAUUUGAUGACUUGUGCUGGCUCUGGUCGUAUCGUUAUUGGUUACUAUCAUGAUUAUACGUUGCGGAUUUGGAAUGUUGAUGAGGCUCAACCGGCUCUCACUCUAACUGGCCAUAUGGAUAGAGUUACGACGUCUGAAGUGAGCGAUGAUGGUAAAUAUAUUGUCAGUGGCUCGUCGGAUCGAACGGUACGCGUUUGGUGUGGUCAAACCGGUGCACAGCGUCAUGUUCUGCAGGGGCAUACGAGUCAAGUGUGGUGCAUGAGUCUACAUGGUACAACUCUUGUUUCUGGAUCGUGCGAUGGAACACUCCGAGUCUGGGACAUUGUCGACGGGAAAUGCCUUCACAUUUUGACUGGCCACUUGAGGAUGGUUUGUUGUGUGCAAUUUGAUGGAAAACGGGUUGUGUCUGGUGCUUAUGAUUGUACUGUAAAGGUUUGGAAUGUGCAAACGGGGGAGUGUUUGCACACGCUGAGGGGUCACACCGAUUCAGUCUAUUCACUUUUGUUUGAGCCAGAGCGCGAUCUUGUCGUCUCGAGAAGCGAUGACAAAACGAUUCGCGUCUGGGAUAUACGAGGAGGAACAUGCAUCGCAAUUCCUGUCAGUCAAGAAUCAGUCUAUCGCUAUAGCCGCUAUGGCAUGCAACUUCGCGGAAACAGUUUGGUCGCCUGCUAUACCGGCUCGGACGUUGGGGUUUGGGACAUUCGUGACGGUGGUUCGCGCAGUCACGUCCAUUUACAAGGCGUAAAUGGUCACGCGUUGAACAUCACUUCAUUGCAACUGCUCGACUCGGGACUUUUGGUGACAACUUCUUACGAUGGCUCGGUCAAGCUGUGGGAUGUGGAUAAAGGUAUCUUUGUUCGUGACCUCGAGGAUCGAGUUGUGAUCAUGUCAUUGAGUAUAUUGGGUGCUGUUGAG